AUGGAUCAAUUAAAAUUAUCGAACGUAAAAAGUAAAGAUAAGAAUAUAAUUCGUGUUUAUCGCGGACAAGUUAUUGCUAAAGAAGAACUUGAACAAAUGAGAGUGAGUAUAGGUGGUUUUAUCUCAAUUAAUAGUUUUUUUUCAACAAGUCGAAAUGAAUUAAACGCACGAAGCUUUGCUAUAGGAUCACCUGUUACUGAAAACCUUCGUCGAAUAUUAUUUCGAAUUGAAAUUGAUCCUCAUUUAUCAACAAAACCAUUUGCUGAUAUUCAAGGAAUUAGUUAUUAUCCCAAAGAAGAAGAAAUUUUAUUUGCGCUUGGAUCGAUAUUUCGUAUCAAUAAAAUCGAUUCUGAUGUAAAAGAUGGAUUAUGGAUAAUAAAUAUGAGUCUUUGUAGUGAAGAUGAUUUUGAAUUAAAAGAAUUAUUUGCAUAUUUAAAAAAAGAUAUUGGAGAAGAAGCAUCGAUGGUAACAUUGGGCAAUAUCUUACUUCAAAUGGGCGAAUAUGAUAAAGCUGAACGAAUAUUUCUACGAAUGGAUCAUCCAGAAGGACUUAUUAAUGUUGCAGAAUUGAAAGGAAACUUUUAUUUAGCAAUGAAACAAUACAAACGUGCUAUUGAUUAUUAUGAGCAAUCGUUAAAACUCCGUCAAAAAUUACUCCCUGCAUCACAUCCAGAUAUCGCUAAGAGUUAUAAUGCCAUUGCUAUGGCAUAUGAAUUUUGGAAACAAUAUCCAAAAUCUGUUGAUUACUAUCAACGAGCAAUGAAGCAGUAUAAUCGUACAUUGAAAAACAAUCAUCCAUUGAUUACACAAAGUAAAACCAAUUUGGUAAAACUUCUACAUCGAGAAAAUCAUUAA